UGUGGGUGGCAGCAAAGCGCCGUCACCAGUUAACUCGACCAUACCAACAGCAGAGAAGCAGAGUGGGCGCCAGCGGAUGCGGGGAGAUGUGUCUACCUGAAUCUUUUUGACCUUCAGUGGCGAUUGGCCCCCACUGCCGUCCGUCAGCAUGCAAGGAUUCUACUCCAAGCUCGAUUCCUCCCCCUCCUCAUCCCCGCUGUUGGGUCUGAGCCUCAGGGGCGAAGGUGCUCCUGUACCACUCAGCCUGGCUGUGGAGACUGAGAAAGCUCAGGCCCUCCUACAGACUUUCAGCUCCGCCUCCCUGCUGGCAUCCGCGGGCCUCGGGAUGUUCUGCGUGGUGGCGGACCACGCCCUCCAAAUGUCGGUCAUCCAGAACCACCUGUGGCUCCGCGCUGCCUUGGACAACGCCACACACGGGUUGGUGGGGCUGUGGUCGUGGGCGGUUGUUAUUGGACUGAGGAAAAAGAGCGAUCUGUACGAGGUGCUGCUGGCCGGUCUGCUGGCAUCAAUCAUAGACCUGGACCACUUCUACAUGGCUGGAUCCCUGUCACUCAAGGCUGCCGUGUCUCUCCCACAGCGUCCUCCGCUCCACUGCUCCUCUCUCAUCCCCGUGCUCUGUCUCUCCCUCCGCUUCCUCAUGUGGAUCGGACGCCUCAAAGACGCUUGGUGCUCCCUGCCGUGGAUGAUUUUCAUCUCCAUGGCGACUCACCACGUCCGGGAUGCUGUGCGCCACGGGUUGUGGAUGUGCCCCUUCGGCCACACGGCAGUGAUCCCCUACUGGCUGUACAUCAGCACCACGGCGACGCUCCCUCACCUGUGCUCAGUGCUCAUGUAUCUGACGGGAACCAGGGAUGUGAUCUCCACCAAACACGGGGUGGCCAUUGACGUUUAGAGGUCUGAUGUGGAUACAAAUGUGAGAAACAACUUUUACAUACUUGAAAUAACUGGAGGAUAUGUUCAUGACUUUAAUGGUUUAGUGGAAAUUGUAUUUUAAAAGAUUUUGCCAGAAGGACAAGACACUUCUCAGCUUAGGUGAAGAGGAAAUCAAUCUUUUUCUGAUUUAUUUGUUGGAUGAAGAAACGGUUGCUAUGAGAUAAAAUAAGAUUGGAACGGAUUCGCUUUUCAAAGUCAAGUGCCAAGCGCAUUUUUCUCUUUUCUCGGAAACAUGGAAAUCCAGUAGAAACCUACAGAGAGCUGCUGCUCUUCAGUUACUGUCUCUGACCUUUAAAAGCUUUGACUCGUCGUUCAGCAGAGACUUCUUCAACGUCACAAACACAGAUGAGGGUUUUGAGUCUUGACGUCCGCUGAACUUACAGAUGUUCACAUCAUGUCUUGUGCCCUUGAACUCUUAAUCACCUUAACUACCACGAGCCGCACUCGUCCUUACUCUAGGAAAAGUCAACCAAAGGUCAACCAGAGGCUGCUCCACUCCGGCACGUGGUCAGCAGUGUCACUCUCACCCUCACAUUUACUCCACUGUGCUUUUAAACUUCUUCGUGGUUCUGAAAUUCAUUAUACUUUAAAAGUACAUUUAUAAACCAACACACAACAACAAUCUUUGACGUUCACUUUGUCUCCACUCGAGCUUUAACAGGAGCGUUUCUGCACGUCUGAGUUGCAGCAGCUGUUUUCGGUGCCAAACCUUUGAGCCUCUCAGACGGACGAUGAUUGUGGAGUUUCUUGAGCUGGUGGUUCGUCUUUGUUUAUGAAGUUUGUUUGAUUUAGCUGGAAACAUCCUCAUUCCAAGAGAGAGGAGGGAGAGUUCUUCCACUUCUAACAGAUGAUGUUGAAGAUGCUGUACAUUCUUUUUCUGACAAUUAUUUUUCUUGGUUCUUACUGUUGUAAAAAAAAAAAAAAAUUCUUUGUCCAGUUUUAAACAGGAAGCUCAAUCAUCGGUAUGUGUUUUCACAGAUUUGGCUCCGUUGUUGCAACAAAAGCAAAGUCUGACGAAUGAUUUUCUAUUUUUAAAUCUUAUUUCGGAGGCUGUGCGGUUUCUCUUAAGAUAAUUGAAAGUUCCAUUAGGCAGGUUCUUGUGUAAUUAUAACAUUCAAGGGGGUAACUUUUACCAUAGUGUGUUCAGUACAAGUAAUAUCUACAUAUGACAUGUUAACUUGCUGUAUGUGACCUAUUGCUACUUUCUUAUUAUGCUACUGUACUUCAAUGAUACUGUUCAGUAGAGUCGACAUGUUGGAAUUCUUAAUUGGCUUUUUAGUGGUGAGGGAUGUCGUUCAUGAAUAUUAUAAAUCACUGAGACACGGCGGAAAUCAUGACACUGUUUUAGAUGUAGACUCAUCACACAUUCUUAAACAGUAUUGUUGAUACUGCUUUUUAAUUAGUACACAAUAAUAUGAAUAUGUUGUAAUCAAAUGUAUUUAAUGGGUUUAAGAGGCUUGUACUAUUUGAAUGUACAUGAUUAUAUUAUGAAACGGAAAAAACUUUUUUCAACAGUAGUUCAAGUUGAAAACUUUUAAAAUCUGAGCCGAAACAAUUUUUAAAUUUCCAUCAGAUUUUUUUUUUUCUCGUGAAGCUGUUGUAGUGGUGCUUUUCGUUCGCUAGGUGGCGGCAGUGAGCUGUAGUGAUUCUCGAUUAGUUUGACUUUUGAUAACAAUCUAUUUUCUCUCUGUGGAGUUUGCGUCGAACGAGUCUUCAGAUGAGAUAGAAACGGUACAUGAGAUUAAUUUAAGAAUCUUUAUUUAUAGGUUUUAUCGUUUGAGUACUUUAUAGGUUUUCUUUUCUUAUUUCAUUGCACUUUAAUCUUUAUUUAAAUUAUGUUCCAACUAAUUUUAAUUAUUGUGUUACAGUGGAGUUAUGCAAACUCAGUCCAAGGCAGAAAUGAAUAACUUAAUUACUUCAAGUAUUUAUUUAAGCUACUUUUACUGCUGCUUGUUUUACAACGUGACCUUCAUCGAUGCAAUAUUUUGUGAAUUUUGCACAUUUUAUGUUAUUUAUUUGUGUUUUUUUCCAGUUUUCUUUUUCAUCUUGAGAAAAUAUGAAAAGUUGGAAGAUUUCAUGCAUUAUUCUUUUUAUCUCAAUAAAAUCUCUCAUGUAUUUAU